UACGCACCCAAAUUUUCCACUCCGAUUCUGCUCUCUGGAAGCAUAGCACCAUGCAGCACCUGAACGGGCACUUGCCCAAUCCAAUGGCGGCGAGCUUCCCUUUUGGCGUUACUCUUUCCCCCUGCUUCGCUCCACAAGCCAUGGCCUUUGCAACCACACCAAACGCGGUAGCCCCAACACUACCCAUCCCACUACCUGGUCAGCAGCAAGUUGGUUCUGCCAACCAACGAGGGACUUUAGGAUCCCGGAGCGGUGUCUGCGCAGCGAAGCACAUGGAAGCGGAACAAAGACGUCGAGCCAGAAUCUCUGACAGCAUUGACGCACUUAAACGACUAGUUCCGCACCAGGGGCGGACCAACACGGCAGCCUUCUUAGCGGAGGUGUAUGACUACAUCGAAUCCCUGCACUCGCGCAUUCGACGCAUCGAGGACUCUACAAACUCCACAGAGCAGCCCUCCGUUCCCGCCGCUGGAGCCAACGCAGCCGACAGCGUCACUGCGCCGCCGCAAACAGCAGUGGCUCCCAACCUUGAUGACGAGCCCGCAGCGGAGGAGGCGGACGGGGGAAUGGUGGGACGGGCUCAAGGCGUGGGAGGCGUCUUCCGCGCCGGGCAAGAGGACGAGGAACAAGCUCAUUGUGACGUCGACGACCAGCACCGCGAGGGCUUCGAUCUGAACAUGAUAGCCGUGGAAGGGACGGCCCGAGAGGGCGGCGAGCCCGUGGACGCUAGCGCCGCUGGCUUAAAGACCGUCAUCGCCGCAGGGUUAGCAGGGACGAAGCGGCGACGAGGCAGCGAUUCUUGUACCGCGAAGGCCGCGCCUGGCGAAUGUGGACAAGACCAAACCGCCGGCACGCCGUGGUGGCUACGUGACAACGCGCUCAAGGCGAAUACGGACGAUGCUCGGCGGCAAGGUGGUGAAGCGGCCGCUGUCACAGUGCAGAGGCAACAGGUGGACGGCGACGGGUGGACGGACGAGCUGCCUCAACUCGCUCCUUCCCCCGAGCAUCCGCGCCAGCAACCGGAGCAUCAGCAGAGCAACGAUGGCGUGUCCGCGACCUCGCACCCUUCAACAGCACCUCUGCCGCUUGCCGCUCCACUCUCCGCGUCCACGUCUCCUUCUUGCUCCGCUGGUGGCUCUGCUGCGCGGGCUGCCUCCCCCAAGCCUCGCCGACGGGGUCCUGCGCCAGGCAAGGGUCGUCGCGGGCGGGCAGCGCUGGGCGCGUGUGCGCGGACAGAGAUAACGCCGUCGCCGCUGAACAGCACUGGAGGCAAUGGCUGCGCGGUGGAGGAGACGGAAGAUGCGGCGAAACGGAACGCAGCUGGUGCUCAUGCGGGCGCCGCAGAGACCACCCAGCCUCGGGAAAAUGGCGACGGCGAUGGAGACGGUGAACUGGACGCUGCGGUGGAGGCGGCAUCGGUGCUGGCGAUGGUGGGGUCGUCAUGGUGUGAUGCUAGCCAGCCCAACAACACACACACCCCCGCCGCUGCUCCAGCUGACGCUCCCAUGCUUGCCGCCGCUGCGGCUCCCGUUGCUCGAGUCGCUGGACCUGCCAACCAACGACAGGCGCCACUGAAGCCAAAGCAACGACAUCUUCAAUCAGCUCGUCUACAGCCACUAGCUGCUGCCCCAGCUUCCACAGUUGCAACAUUGCCGUUUGGUCUCUCGUCCUUCUCAAUGCAGCUUCCCAUGUUCACCACCAUGCAACCCGCUGCACUGCCUGCUGUCCAGCAUCCUUCAUUAGCUUCUGCGGCAGCAGCGGCUGCAGAUGCAGCAGCUGUGGCGCAGCAGUGGGGAAUGGCAGCUGCUGCCGCCCAUAUCCAAGCGCAGGCAGCAGCGCAAGCUCAUGCCCAGGUGCAAGCGCUCAUGCAAGCAGUGGCUGCGUCAGGAGGCGCUUCCCCAAAUAACGGUGGUGCCCUGCUCCCCGUCACGCUGCCUUCAGCAUCUCCCACAUCGUCGCCUGCCCUUGUAUCCGAAGUGGCUCCUUUGGCUAAUGGGGGCGAAGCUGCAAACCCUGCUGCAGUGCCAGCCUUGGAUUCUGUUGCUGGAAACCCCACCAGGCAGGAGGAAGAGGCUGGGAGGAAAAGAAGACGGCGAGCUGGAGGGCAGGCAAAGGCUGUUUAACAGCUUGUAUGUGUGAAGUUCCUUGCAUGCUGACUAUUGAAAUAGCUGUGCCAAACAUGCAGCCUCUGCCUGGGUUUAUAGUACUAGUUGAAUCCACUCUACUUGCCUAAUGAUCUAUAAAAUAAUGUGUCCAUC